UCCCAUCCAACUUGCUAAUUAGUCACAAAGACCUGGAUGAAUGGAAAACUAUAAUAUCAGCAUGAUCCAAAACUUUUGUGGCCCCCAAGUUUUUGAUGAUGGGCGUUCAAUCACCACUCUUUUCUGUGGUGUGGUCCACCUGAUAUUUUGAUCUGUCUCAUUUUUGGGCUCAUGAUCUAAAAUGAGCUUGAAAAAUGGAUGGACGGUGUAGAUAAGACACAUUCAUCAUGGUGGAACCUACAGAGCAUCGUCCAGUAGCGAGUCGCUACUGGCAGUGUCCGUGGGCUAUCCACAACGCCGUUUGGCUAAUUAGCCAAACACCAACCAGGCAGCCUGCGGGAUCCAUCGUGAUAUAUCUGUUUUAUCCACGCCGUCCAUAUAUUUUCACAGCUCAUUUUAUUGCAUGAGCCCAAAAAUGAGGCAGAUCAAAAUCUCAGGUGGAUAACACCACACGAAAACAGUGUUGACUGAAUGUCCACCAUUAAAAACUUCCUAGGGCCCACUGUAAUGUUUAUUUUCCAUCCAACCUGUUGAUAAGGUCACAAAAACCUAGAUGAUGGGAAAACACAGAUAUUAGCUUGAUCCAAAACAUCUGUGGCCACCAAAAAGUUUUCAAUGGUAAUCAUUGAAACCCCACUGUUUCUUGCGAUGUGGUCCACCUGAGAUUGUAUCUUCUUAAUUUUUGGACGUAUGCCCUAAAAUGAGCUGAAAAAAAUGGAUGGACGGCGUGGAUAAAACAGAUACUUCAUGGUGGGGCCUACAGAGCUUUGACAUCAGCUAGCUGGCUGAUGUUGGGUCACUAGCCAAAGCGCGUCCAAAAUGAGCUGCCUGCCGAAACGGAUGGACCCACAGAGCAUGUGUCAUUGGAAAUUCACAUCUAGCCCACCGCACCCUAUAAGAAAACGACGUGAUCUGGCGCAACGGAUGGACGGAUUGGAUGCCGCACAGACAUCACGGUGGGCCCACAGAGCUUUUCGUUAGGACUUAACAAAUGCUCCCCCAGUUGCCGUGCACUAACAGCAUACACAGAGAGAUGGCUGCUCUUCCCUCUGUAUCGUCUCAAUUCGUAUCGAGAUUCUUUCAACCCCAACUUAAAAUCUCUCUAAAUUCGAAUUCCAGGGUUUCUACAAAGCCACUGGUUCUGAGAAUCUCGUCCGACUACACCUCUUUUGAAGUGAGGGAUGUCAGUUAUCGAUCGCCUGGGACCCAGCACAACCUUUUGAAUGAAGUUAAUUUUUCCCUUCCCGAGAAAAGCUUUGGGUUGAUCUUUGGACGCAGUGGAAGUGGUAAAACUACCCUCUUGCAGCUUCUUGCUGGGCUGUCCAAACCAACAUCUGGAUCAGUCUAUAUUCAGAGUUACGGGAAUGAUGGUCGCCCAACUCAACCUCCUGAAAUAUUAUCAGCAGAAAGGGUUGGCAUUGUUUUUCAGUUUCCCGAGAGGUACUUCUUGGCUGAUACUGUGCUUGAGGAAGUUACGUUUGGGUGGCCAAGGCAGACUGCGGGACCUCUAUUGAAAGAGCAGCUUGCUUUGGGGCUUCAAUCAGCCAUUCAUUCGGUUGGGUUGCAUGGGAUCUCCUUGGAUCAAGACCCACAUUCUCUAAGUGGUGGCUUCAAGCGGCGUCUUGCCCUGGCCAUUCAAUUAGUUCAAAAGCCAGACCUGUUGCUAUUAGAUGAGCCUCUUGCUGGCCUUGGGAAUUGUCGUCUCUGGUGGAUCGGUCAUGGAGGAUGGAAAUGGGGGGUGUUCUAAAGGAAGAGCCUCUACCAGUUUAACACCGAGUCGCUAAGUGCGAGAGCGGAUGGAUUGGAAUGGCUGUUGCGGCGACGGACGCCAUCUUUUCCAAUGACUCUUUGAGGAAUUACUAUAGUGUCGUAGUCAGGGAGCUGCUUGUUUCCGCCGUCAUCGCCUCCACCGU